UUGGCAGAAAUUCAAGCUGCAGACAUAUCGAAUAUGGGUACAAAUGAUAAGAGCCAUGGUUCUGGAGGAGAACGAGUGCGACUCUGUCUUUGAGCCCCGAAUCACUGAGGAGCACGUAGAGACCCAGUAUGGGAACCUCCACUGCAUCAUGAAAGGGACUCCAAGGGCAAACCGCCCUGGUAUCCUGACCUUUCAUGAUGUAGGACUGAACCACAAGACCUGUUUUGAGAGUCUGUUCAGCCACGAGGACAUGCAGGAAAUCAUCAGACAUUUACCUGUUUGUCACGUUGAAGCGCCGGGACAGCAUGAAGGAGCCAAAACUCUCCCAACUGCGUAUACCUACCCUUCCAUGGACCAGCUGUCUGAGGCACUGCCCGCUGUCCUCAAACACUUUGGGUUGCGUAGUGUGAUUGGACUGGGAGUUGGAGCAGGAGCCUACAUCCUGGCGCGAUUCGCUCUGAAUCAUCCCGAUCUGGUGGACGGAUUACUUCUGAUCAACAUCAACCCCAGCGCUGAGGGACUAAUGGACACUGUCGCGAACAAGAUCACUGAAUGGACCCACACUCUCCCAGACACAGUCAUCUCACACUUGUUUGGAAAGGAGGAGAUCAUGACCAACCUUGACCUCAUUGCUACAUACCGUCACUACAUCACAACAACAAUGAACCAGUCCAACGUGGGUCAGUUCCUCCGCUCCUACAACAGCCGCAAUGUCCUGGAGGUGGAGAGGCCUGUUCCUGGAGGAAACAUCAAUGUCAGGACACUCAAGUGCUCCACUCUGUUGGUCGUAGGAGAUAAUUCUCCAGCUGUUGAGGCCGUGGUCGACUGCAACUCUAAACUCAACCCCACCAAGACCACACUGCUCAAGAUGGCGGAUUGUGGAGGCCUUCCUCAGGUGGAUCAGCCAGCCAAAGUGACUGAAGCCUUCAAAUAUUUCAUCCAGGGCAUGGGAUACUUGUCCAGUGCCAGUAUGACCAGACUUCGCUCACGGACAACCUCCAGCUCCAGCAUCUCGUCCUUCGAUGGCUCUCGAAGCCGCGCACACACCAACGAGUUGCACCGUGGCCGAACACACUCACACGGCACCGAGGAGAAGAGUGGGCGCUCGCACACGGAUGUCCCAAUGGAGAUGAUUUCCAACAGCAAUAUGGACCAGAGCAUCUCAAAGUCCACCGAAGUGGCGUGCUAGAGCGUGCUCUGCCCUAAAUCCCAUGCGCUUAAUUCAAAUUAUACCUCAUUGUAUCUAUCCAGCUUUAUCCUAGAUUCUUUCUCUACUUUCCCCUCUCUACCCCUCUUCAUUCAGUAAUGCCCUUUCAUCUGCACUGUCUCUAGCUGAAAGGUCACAGGUCAUACCUCCAUGUGACUUUCUUCCAUCCCUCUUUUCUCCCUCUCCAUCCCACUGUGUCUGUAUCUAUCCAUUCACCCAUUUAAUUCUGUUUUCCUUACCACCUCAGUCACCUCCUCUCUUUAACCUGCCCUGAACUGGUACUAUGUGUCUCUACCUCUUUAUCCUCCUUUGCUGUGUUUUUUUCUCCCUGCCCCUGUUCACGUCGUUCUCUUUGUCCAGUCUCCUUUUUUUUCCCAUCUCCCUUUCUCCCCUUUCACCCUGAUCUGCAGGCUUCCUCAUUCUCUGAUAGUUAUAAUGAUACAUGCUGCAUGUGGAAAACAUAAAAGCUGAAAUGUGUUCUUUGAAAACUGAGUCCUUAAGCUAUCAUUUGUUUAUGUAAAACUCAUAUCUGUAUUCAUGUAUAAUGAGUAUAAUCAAUAUGUGAAGGUACAGUAAUUCCUAUUGUGAAAACUGGAUGUUCAUAACUGUAGGAAUGUGUAUUAAUUUUAUGCAACUGUGACAGCUGUGUAUUAUUAAAUACAGGAAUGUGUUAUGGACAUGAAUUUUAAUACACAAAAUGUUUUAAAUUGGACUUGCUUUGGGUGUUCUGUGUAAAACAAAGUUAUAAUAUUAUCGUGAAAAUAUGUUACAUUCAAUCCAAU